AUGAAUGCACACUUGCAGUCGGCUCGAAGGAAGCAGGAGGCCCAGACUCGCCGUCCUGGCGAAGGCGCUGAAGCUGUGGCUGUUUUCGAAGGAGAGAAGAGAAGAAAGGAAAAACGAGAGGACGGCGAGGACGAAGACAACGAAGAAGAAGAGGAAGAAGAAGAAGAAGAAGAAGAAGAAGAAAAGUCCAGGGGCGAGAUGAAGGGGGCUCCAAGGCGAACCCGCUAG